AUGAGAGAGCGAAGUAAAAAUGGUGAAGAUGGUGAAGAUGGUGAAGAUGGUGAAGAUGGUGAAGAUGGUGAAGAUGGUGAAGAUGGUGAAGAUGGUGAAGAUGGUGAAGAUGGUGAAGAUGGUGAAGAUGGUGAAGAUGGUGAAGAUGGUGAAGAUGGUGAAGAUGGUGAAGAUGGUGAAGAUGGUGAAGAUGGUGAAGAUGGUGAAGAUGGUGAAGAUGAAAAUCCGGACCGACAAGCAGCCUUCGGAAACGUUUUAUGA